GUUACUACUACCACCACCCACCCCUCCUUCUCCGUCCCCUUCUCGGCCUACAAAUACUGGCGCCUGCCUCAAGGUCGCCACUCACCAACCUGCAUCCCCUUCGCCUCUCCCCCCUCUCUCCAACCCCACGCGCCCUAGCACGGGCUGCGACUCAACACUCGCGACACGUUCGCCGCUCACCACCGCCACCCCACCACUCGAGGCCGUUAGAUGGCCCAUUGCCCGCAAUGACCACGUUGCGCUCCUUCCAAGCUGAAAUAGCAAACUUCUCCCACGAGAAGCAGAUUCAAUCAAUACAGGCCGCGCGCGACGCCCACGCCGCUGCCGAGCAGGCGAAGCACCACAAGCCCAAGCCUGCCCCACAGCCACAACAACAGCCAGCUCCCACCUCGCCCAUAGCCACUGGCCAGGUGCUCGUCGAGUCCGAGGUCGUCGAGGAGCCGGAAGUCCCAAUAGCGGACCUCCUGAUCAACGCUGAGGACGAUGCCUUGCAAGCGCGCCUCGCGUCGUCGCUGCUUCGCAGACGCGGCGAGAUAAUCGUCUCGCUCGGCCUGCACCCCGACGACGGGCACGGCGCGUUCGGCGACGCGAUCACCUCGGCGCAGCUUGACACGGCCAUUGCGCGUCUUACCAAGACGUGCGAGGCCCUCAAGGCUGAUGUCACCGAGCUCUAUCGCGAGAAGGCGAUCGGGGGCGCCGACAGCCCCUACGGGUGCUGGCUCGUGCGCCUCCGUCCAGCUGGCAUGGAGGAGGUGAUGGAGGUGCGCGUCGCCGUCGUUGGCAAUGUCGACGCGGGCAAGAGCACCACGCUUGGAGUGCUGACCCGCGGCGGGCUCGAUGACGGACGCGGCAAGGCGCGAAUCGCCCUUUUCCGUCACCCCCACGAGGUGGAGACGGGCCGUACGUCGUCGGUCGGCGGAGAGAUUCUCGGCUUCACGACAAAGGGCCAGCCCAUCUUCCCCGAGCAUAUCUCGGACGUCGGCACCGCCAAGCGCGAGAAGCUUACGUGGGAGGAGAUCUGCAAGCGCGCUUCCAAGGUGGUGUCGUUUAUCGACCUGGCCGGGCACGAGCGCUACUUCAAGACGACGCUCUACGGACUUUCGGGCUGUGCUCCCGACUACGUCAUGCUUAUGGUUGGUGGCAACGCCGGCCUUAUCGGCAUGUCCAAGGAGCACCUCGGUGUCGCUCUGGCGCUUAACGUGCCGAUCGCCGUCUGUGUGACCAAGAUCGACAUGACGCCGCCCAACAUUCUCGAGCAGACCAUCAACAUGUUGGUCAAGGUGCUCAAGAGCCCUGGGUGCAGGCGCGCGCCGUUCUUUGUCGAGAACCCAAGGCAAGCAGUUGAUGCUGCGCGCCGGUUGGCCAACCCCAACGCGACUGGCCCCAAGCUGUGCCCCAUCUUCAUGGUGUCGAAUGUGACUGGUCACAACCUUCCCAACCUGCGCACCUUCCUCGACUGCCUGCCCUCGUCGCAGAUGGACGAGAAGUACGUCGCCGACGCGCCGUUCGAGUUUCAGGUCAGCGACGUCUUCUCGGUGCCCUUUGUCGGUACCGUUGUCAGCGGUGUCGCAACCGCCGGCACGGUCAAGCCCAACGACCAGGUGCUGCUUGGCCCCGACUCGCUCGGCCACUUCAUCCCGACCGUGGUCAAGACGAUUGAGCGCAAGCGUGCAAGGGUGGACUCGGCCGAGGCGGGGCAGAGCGUCGCGCUCGCGCUGAAGCGGAUACGCCGACCCCAGGUCCGUAAGGGCAUGGUGCUUGUGGCCAAGAGCGACACUCCGCCCAAGGCGGUGAUGCGCUUCGAGGGUAUGGUCAUGGUGCUGCACCACUCGAGCACAAUACAGCCCAAGUACACCGCCAUGCUACACUGCGGCCCAAUCCGCCAGACGGUGCGCAUCGUUUCGCUCGACCACCCCUCUGGCCUGAUCCGCACGGGUGACCGCUCCAAGGUGGUGUUCGAGUUCAUCAGCCACGCCGAGUACGUCAAGGAGGGGCAGCUGAUCCUGCUCCGUGAGGCCAAGACCAAGGUGCUUGGCGUUGUAACAAAGGUGCUGUGAGCGAGGGGAGUUGUCAUCGACGUCGCGCGGGAACGCGUCCACAAACAUGUGUCAUCAAAGCCGAGGCUAAGCUUCCGUCUUGUGUAGUUGUGCCCUUUUUUCUUUCUUUGCUCGUCCUGCAGA